UCAGCGAGCUCCCAGGGAAAAGCAACAGUGUCCUCCUGAGCCCGAGGCCGCCGCGGCCCAACCGAGCUGAGACCCCGGUGUCUCCCCCUUACAGCACACACACCUACCAAACCCGGCCCCGGUGAAGGGCACCCCUUCCCCUGACGUUUGCGGGGGCCCCAUUCGCAGCACCUCUGCGCCUGGGCCAGGCGAAGCCGCGGGGCCCCGGCCAAAGUCCUCAGCUCAGCGUUGGGCCUGGGGGCUCGGAAGAAACCCGCACAGGAAGAGGGCCACCGCAGGAACUCUGGAACCCUAGGACCAUGGAUGCUCUCAACAGGAACCAGGGAGGCCCUGGAGGCAAGACCCAGGCAGUGGUGCAGAAAGGGCCCUUGGACUUGAUCGACACAGGCAAAGGACUGAAGGUGCAGACGGACAAACCGCAUCUGGUGAGCCUGGGCAGCGGGCGCCUCAGCACGGCUGUCACCCUCCUGCCGCUGGAGGAAGGGAGGACAGUAAUUGGUUCGGCAGCCCGGGACAUCUCAUUGCAGGGCCCGGGCCUGGCUCCAGAGCACUGCUACAUCGAGAACCUUCAGGGCACCCUCACCCUUUACCCCUGUGGCAAUGCCUGCAGUAUCGAUGGGCUCCCUGUCCGCCAGCCCACCCGGCUCACUCAGGGCUGCAUGUUGUGCCUGGGUCAGUCCACCUUCCUUCGCUUUAACCACCCCGCUGAAGCCAAGUGGAUGAAGAGCAUGAUUCCAGCAGGGGGCCUGGCCCCUGGGCCUCCCUAUAGCCCUGGUCCUGCGGAAUCAGAAAGCCUGGUGAACGGGAACCACGCCCCGCAGCCUUCCGGACGGGGGCCUGCAGCCUGUGCCAGCCACAGUUCCCUGGUGAGCUCUAUUGAGAAGGACCUGCAAGAAAUUAUGGACUCACUGGUGCUAGAAGAGCCCGGAGCUGCCGCUGGCAAGAAGCCUGCUGCCACAUCCCCACUGUCACCGCUGGCUAACGGAGGGCGCUACCUACUAUCCCCGCCCACCAGCCCGGGGGCCAUGUCUGUGGGUUCCAGCUAUGAGAACACCUCUCCAGCCUUCUCUCCGCUCUCCUCACCAGCCAGCAGUGGAAGCUGUGCCAGCCAUUCCCCAAGUGGGCAGGAGCCAGGGCCUUCUGUGCCCCCAUUGGUGCCUGCCCGUUCCUCCAGCUACCACCUGGCUCUGCAGCCCCCGCAGCCCCGGCCCAGUGGCUCCCGCUCUUCUGAAAGCCCCCGGCUGGGCAGGAAGGGGAGUCAUCCUGAGAGGCCCCCCAGCCCUGGCCUCCGGGGUCUGCUGACUGACAGCCCGGCCUCCACGGUCUUGGCAGAGGCCCGCAGAGCCAAUGAGAACCCCCGGCUGGGUGGGCAGCUGCCUGUAGUGGCCAUCAGCCUGAGUGAAUACCCGACUUCUGGUGGCCGCAGCCAAGCCACCGGUAUUCCUGGCAGCCCCAAGUUCCAGCCCCCAGUGCCAGCUCCCCGCAGCAAGAUGGGCACGCUCCAGGACCGCCCCCCGAGUCCUUUCCGUGAGCCGCCAGGCUCUGAGCGAGGCCUGCCAGCCAGCCCUUCGCGCCCGCUGGUGGGGCGAACAUUUUCGGAUGGGCCAGCCACCCGCAGCCUGCAGCCUCCCGAGAGCCCGCGCCUGGGCCGCCGGGGCCUGGACAGCAUGCGGGAGCUCCCUCCUUUAAGCCCCUCUCUGUCCCGGCGUGCGCUCUCACCACUUCCCACCCGGACCACAGCCCCGGACCCCAAGCUAACGAGGGAAGUGGCUGAGAGCCCCCGGCCCCGGCGCUGGGCAGCCCAAGGUCCAUCACUGGAGGACUUCUCCCUGACGCUGGGUUCCCGAGGGCGGAGGACACGGAGCCCCUCACCUACCCUGGGGGAGCCCCUGACACCCCGAAAGGGCAGCUUCAGUGGCAGACUGAGCCCGGCCUACAGCCUGGGCUCUCUCACCGGGGCCUCCCCCCGCCAGAGCCCUCGGGCACAGAGGAAGCUGUCCAGCGGGGACUUGCGGGUGCCCAUCACACGGGAGCGGAAGAACAGCAUCACGGAGAUCAGCGACAAUGAGGACGACCUCCUGGAGUACCACCGGCGGCAGCGCCAAGAGCGCCUGCGGGAGCAGGAGAUGGAGAGGCUGGAACGCCAGCGCCUGGAGACCAUCCUGAACUUGUGUGCUGAGUAUAGCCGGGCUGACGGGGGACCUGAGGCCGGGGAGCUGCCCAGCAUUGGGGAGGCCACGGCAGCCCUGGCACUGGCCAGCCGGAGGCCCUCCCGAGGCCUUGCGGGGGCCAUGGCGACCUCUGGACGGAGCAUGGAGGAGCCUGGUGCCAGCAGCCAACGCCUGUGGGACAGCGUGGACCGCUCUGACGAGGAGAAUCUUAAGGAGGAGUGCAGUAGCACGGAGAGCACCCAGCAGGAGCAGGAAGAUGCACCUGGUACUAAGCUCCAGGGAGACGUGCUGGCUCUGGAGGAGGAGCGGGCACAGGUGCUGGGGCGCGUGGAGCAGCUCAAGGUACGCGUGAAGGAGUUGGAGCAGCAGCUGCAGGAGUCAGCCCGUGAGGCGGAAAUGGAGCAGGCUUUACUGCAGGGGGAGAGGGAGGCAGAGCGGACGCUGCUGCAGAAGGAGCAGAAGGCGGUGGAGCAGCUGCAGGAGAAGCUGGUGGCCCUAGAAACGGGCAUCCAGAAGGAGAGGGAUAAGGAGAGGGCGGAGCUGGCCGCGGGAAGGAGGCACCUGGAGGCCCGCCAGGCGCUCUACGCCGAGCUCCAGACGCAGCUCGAUAACUGCCCCGAGUCAGUGCGGGAACAGUUACAGGAGCAGCUGAGAAGGGAGGCGGAGGCCCUAGAGACGGAGACCAAGCUCUUUGAGGACCUGGAGUUCCAACAGCUGGAACGGGAAAGUCGCGUGGAAGAGGAGCGUGAGCUGGCAGGCCAGGGAGUGCUGCGCAGCAAGGCUGAGCUGCUCCGCAGUGUGGCCAAGCGGAAGGAGCGCCUAGCAGUGCUUGACAGUCAGGCUGGGCAGAUCCGGGCCCAGGCCGUGCAGGAGUCAGAACGCCUGGCCCGCGACAAGAAUGCAUCCCUGCAGCUGCUGCAGAAGGAGAAGGAGAGGCUGGCCAUGCUAGAGAGGAGAUACCACGUGCUGACCGGGGGCAGGCCUUUCCCGAAAACCACCUCCACCCUCAAAGAGGCUGAGCUGCUCACCUCCCAGUCCUCAGACACAGGGCUCGGGUCUAAGGCUCUGAGCCUGUUGCCAGGGUCUUCUCAGACCGGGGCUGCCUCUGUCCCCUUAAGUCCGUCCGCUUCCACUCUGCUCUGCCCCAAAGCACAAGAGGAAUAUGUGAGUCUGGCAGAGGUCCUCCAGCUGUGCUCCCGCUUGGAUCCCCAUGCUUCUGCCAUCCCCCCCAACACGCAUACCCGGCCCCUGCCUGGCAGCGAGUACGUGACGCUUGAGCAGCUAAAGGCAGCGUGGGGUACCUCGCCUGGACCCCCAGCCCCUGCACCGGGCCUGCCUUCCUGGGCUUCUGCCUCUCGGGACCUCGUUCCCACCAGCAGCCUUGCUCUCGUGCUGCCCUCCUCCUCCUCUGCUUCCAUCAUGCCUUCUCCCAAGAUGGAGAAGCCGCUGCUCCCUGCCAUAGACUUAGAGCAGUGGUACCAGGAGUUGAUGGCCGGGCUGGGGACUGGCCCCGCUGUGGCCUCCCCUCGCUCCUCUCCCCCGCCUCUGCCCGCCAAAGCUUCCCGUCAGCUGCAGGUUUACCGCUCUAAGAUGGAUGGGGAGGCCACCAGUCCCCUGCCCCGGACCCGUAGCGGCCCCCUGCCUUCCUCCUCUGGCUCCUCUUCCUCUUCCUCCCAGCUCAGCGUGGCUACCCUGGGCCGCAGUCCUUCCCCAAAGAGUGCCCUCCUGGCCCAGAAUGGCACGGGCAGCCUUCCGCGCAACCUGGCUGCCACACUGCAGGACAUCGAAACCAAGCGCCAGCUGGCUCUGCAGCAGAAGGGGCAGCAAGUGAUUGAGGAACAGAGGCGACGACUGGCUGAGCUGAAGCAGAAGGCGGCGGCUGAGGCGCAGUGCCAGUGGGAUGCCCUGCAUGGGGCAGCGUCCCUCCCCCCGCUCAUGCACCAUUCCAUCCUGCAUCACCUGCCAGCCGGGCGGGAGCGCGGGGAAGAGGGUGAGCUCGCUUAUGACACGCUGAGCCUGGAGAGCUCAGACAGCCUGGAGACCAGCAUCUCCACAGGGGGCAACUCGGCCUGCUCCCCCGACAACGUGUCCAGUGCCAGCGGUCUGGACAUGGGAAAGAUUGAGGAGAUGGAGAAGAUGUUAAAAGAGGCCCAUGCCGAGAAGAGCCGGCUCAUGGAGUCCAGGGAGCGGGAGAUGGAGCUGAGGCGGCAGGCCCUGGAGGAGGAACGUCGGCGGCGGGAGCAGGUGGAACGGAGGCUCCAGAGCGAGAGUGCCAGGAGGCAGCAGCUGGUGGAGAAGGAGGUCAAGAUGCGGGAGAAGCAGUUUUCCCAGGCACGGCCCCUGACCCGCUAUCUGCCCAUCCGGAAGGAGGACUUUGACCUGAAGACCCACAUCGAGUCAUCAGGCCAUGGCGUGGACACCUGUCUGCACGUGGUACUCAGCAGCAAGGUCUGCCGCGGCUACUUGGUCAAGAUGGGCGGCAAGAUUAAGUCGUGGAAGAAGCGCUGGUUUGUCUUUGACAGGCUGAAGCGCACGCUGUCCUACUACGUGGACAAGCAUGAGACGAAGCUGAAGGGGGUCAUCUACUUCCAGGCCAUCGAGGAGGUGUACUAUGACCACCUGCGCAGUGCAGCCAAGAGCCCCAACCCGGCCCUCACCUUCUGUGUGAAGACCCAUGACCGGCUCUACUACAUGGUGGCCCCGUCGGCAGAGGCCAUGCGCAUCUGGAUGGACGUCAUCGUCACAGGGGCUGAGGGCUACACUCAGUUCAUGAACUGACCGCUGCCGGCUUCUUGGACCCUGCCCUUGGCUGCCUACUGGGCAGGGUGCCGUGAGCAGCUGGGUGCGAGAAAACCGUAGGGUUCUGGAAGGCCCAGAGGCUUUUGGCCCUUUGGAGCCAGCCAGGAACCAAGAGACAAGGAGGGGAGCCCAGAAUUUGCAAUAACUCUCUUGGGUUUCCACCCCAGGCCCUGCCAGGGCAAAGUGGGCCUCCUGCCCUGUCCCCUGUCACCCUGGCUGGCUUCUCCUGCGGAAAGGACACAUGGUACCAGUCUGCCAAAGAUCCCCUCCUGCCUGGCCAGCC